AUGACAAGCAUAAUUGAUAGUGGUAGUGCCUCUUCUUCACCAAUCGUCGAUAAACUCAACGACCUUGAUAUUGAUCAAAACAAACAUUUUUUACAUAUAAAUACACCAUUGAUAGAAUCAUUAAAGUUGAAUUCUGUUAUUAAUAAGACGACGACGACAGAUACGACUACGACUACGACUACGACGGAUACGACUAAAAUAUGGUUAAAAUUAGAUUCAGCACAACCAUCUGGAUCAUUUAAGAUUAGAGGUGUUGGAUAUCAUUGUAGCCGAGUUGUUAAAGAAUCUGGUGCCAAGCAUUUGGUGUGUAGCAGUGGUGGCAAUGCAGGUAUGAGUGUUGCCUAUGCUGCCCGUAGAUUGGGAGUAAAGUCGACUAUUGUAUUGCCAGUCUCCAUUCCAGAAGAGACCAGAGAAAAGAUUAGAGCAGAGGGUGCAGAGGUGAUUGCACACGGAAAGGUAUGGGAUGAAGCCGACCUGUUGGCCAGAGAAAUUGCCAAGCGUGAAGGCGAGCAUGGAUACAUCCACCCAUUCGACCAUGAAAAUCUAUGGAUUGGUCACAGCACUUUAAUCGAUGAAAUUGCCUCUGAUGUGGCCUCGGGUAAAGUCCCCAAGCCAGACGCCAUUGUAUGCAGUAUUGGUGGAGGUGGUCUCAUUGCCGGUAUUGUCCGUGGUCUACAACGUCACGGAUGGGACGACACUACGGUCGUGGCUGUCGAGACCCACGGCGCUAGAAGUUUCUACGAGUCUGUUAAACAAGGCAAACAGGUCAGAUUAGAAGUCGAACAAGUCAACAGCAUCUGCAAAACAUUGGCCACGAGAUCCGUUUGCAAAGAGGCUUUUGAGUGCUCACUCAAGCACAAGGUUGUCACCAUCCUCGUCAGCGAUUUCGAGGCUGUCGACGCCUGCCUCAAGUUGGUCGAUGAUGAGCGUGUGUUGGUUGAACCAGCCUGUGGAGCUAGUGUAGCUGCCAUCUAUCAACGCGCACCAGAGAUCCUCAACCUCAAUGCCAAAAACAUCAUCGUCAUUGUCUGUGGUGGCAACAAUACAAGCAUCAAACAAUUAAAUGAUUUUUAUGUAAAUUUAAACCCUGCCAACACCAACAACACUACCUCAACGACCAAUAAUUAA